GUUGUUCCUAGGCCACACCCUUUAGGUGCAGUUUGUAACAUGGCUACCGGGGCUCAAGUGGUCUUUAGAAGACUCUGCAAAUUGUAUUCUUCGUCUUCAACUAAAGGGACGACAGCCUCUUUUAAAAUGUCUUCGAGGUAUUUCGGUACACUUGCAGCAGCUGCCUUUGGUUCUGGUGUAGUUUUAACGUCAUUGGUAGCCAGUGAUGAUGCAGUUCAUCCACCAAAGUACCCAUGGGAUCACAAAGGAGUGUUCUCUGCUCUUGACCAUAGAAGCAUACGUCGUGGGUAUCAGGUUUAUAAAGAAGUGUGUUCAGCUUGUCACAGUAUGCAGUACGUUGCUUUUAGACAUUUAGUGGGUGUGUCACACACUGAAGAAGAGGCACGGGCUCUUGCUGAAGAGUAUGAGUAUCCAGGUGAUAUUGAUGAGGAGGGUAAUCCCACCACACGUCAGGGGAAACUCAGUGAUUAUUUCCCUAAUCCUUAUCCGAAUGAAGAGGCAGCCAGAGCAGCUAAUAAUGGUGCCCUUCCUCCUGAUCUAACUCUUAUUGUUCUUGCUCGUCAUGGAGAAGAGGAUUAUAUAUUCUCUUUAUUAACCGGCUAUUAUGAUCCUCCUGCUGGUGUUGAAGUAAGAGAAGGUCUGGCAUAUAAUCCUUAUUUCCCUGGUGGAGCAAUUGGAAUGCCACAACAAUUGUAUGAUGGAGGAAUAGAGUAUGAAGAUGGUACUCCUGCCACUGUUAGUCAAAUGGCAAAGGAUGUUACUACCUUCCUACGCUGGUCAGCAGAUCCUAAGCAUGAUGAAAGGAAAAGGAUGGGAAUGAAGGGUGUGAUAAUAUUGUCACUAUUAGUUGGUAUCACUUUAUAUUGGAAGAGACAGAAAUGGUCUUUACUGAAGUCAAGGAAAAUAUUAUACUAUGAGAGACCUUAACUGAGACUGUCAGUCCAUGCUAGCCUAAGAGUCAAAGACAAUAGAUACAAUGUACUAGUUGUUGUUGUUGUUAUUAUUAUUAUUAUUAUUAUUAUUAUUAUUAUUACUUUGUGGCAUAAUGUGUAGUAAGUAAUUAGAUUCCAGGAAGUCAGGGUUUGCCCCUUCAGAAA